UGGGUCCUCUGAGGGUGGAGUUUACCACGUCCGUCAGUCUGGAGGAGAUAACGAAGAGCAACGCCAACCUGCGGCCGGGUGGACGCUUUAAACCCAAAGACUGCGAGGCGCUGCAAAAAGUCGCCAUCAUCAUCCCGUUCCGCAAACGCGAUGAACACCUGAAGUACUGGCUCUACUACCUGCACCCCAUCCUGCAGAGACAGCAGCUUGACUACGGAGUAUACGUCAUCAACCAGGACGGAGACGAGAUUUUUAACCGAGCCAAGCUGCUAAACGUGGGCUACCAGGAGGCCCUGAAGGAGUACGACUACAACUGUUUCGUCUUCAGUGACGUUGACCUGAUCCCCAUGGACGACCGCAACAUCUACAAGUGUUUCAGCCAGCCGCGACACCUGUCCGUGUCCAUGGACAAGUUCGGCUUCAGGUGAGUCAAUGCUGAUAAAG